AUGGAAGGCACCAAGGACUACACAGUACCUCUGUCUUCUGAUCCAGAUUUGUGGCAAAAUGGCAGCUUCUUGUUCAACUUGACGAACACCAGCUCCGUUCACACUGCUGUUAUGCCACCAGCAAUGGACAAAUCUAUCAGUAUGAUUUUAAUAAUCGUCGUAUUCUUCACCAUGGUUUCAGUGGGAUGCACUAUGGAGGUGUCCAAGAUCAAGCAUCACAUAAUGAAACCUAAGGGGGUGGCCAUUUCCCUGCUGGCCCAGUAUGGCAUCAUGCCUCUCACAGCUUUUUGCUUAGCUAAGGCGUUCCAGCUGACUGAAAUAACGGCUGUAGUGGUUCUGAUCUGUGGCUGCUGUCCUGGAGGGGCUCUCUCCAAUUUUCUGGCUCUGGCUCUGCAGGGUGACAUGAACCUCAGCAUUGUGAUGACGUCGUGCUCCACGCUGCUGGCUCUGGGGAUGAUGCCGCUCCUGCUCUACAUCUAUUGUCAGGGCUUCUCCAACCUGCAGAGCGCCGUGCCUUAUGUUGACAUCAUCAAAUCGCUCAUCAUGAUCCUGCUGCCCUGUGGUAUCGGCAUCCUCAUCAACCACUACAGGCCGCAGUACUCUAAGACCAUCACCAAGGUAGGAGUCGUUCUAUUCAUCAUUGCCAUUGUGGCGCUGAGUGUCAUUACCUGCGUUGGACUUGGAGGUUCCAUGCUGACUGUGCUGUCUCCUCCACUCAUGGCCAUCGCUGCUCUCAUGCCCUUCAUAGGCUACUCCUCCGGUUAUAUCAUCUCUUCGCUCUUCAGACUCAGCCAGCCGGAGCGGAGGACGGUUGCUAUGGAAACAGGCUGUCAGAACAUCCAGGUGUGCUCCACCAUCCUGAAGUUAGCCUUCUCCUCAGCAGUGAUGGGCCCUCUGUUUCUGUUCCCCUUGCUCUACGGGCUCUUUCAGGGGAUGGAGGCGCUGGUACUCAUCCUGCUGUUCAGGUGUCACCAAAGAUUCACGAGAAAAAAGAAAGAGACGUACAAGCUGGCAACCACUGAAGACUGCCUCAAAGAUUCUUCUGCAAGGACUCUAUGA